UUUAAACGGAUCUAAAACUAAGUGAAAGGGUCAGAAAGGUUUAUAAGCAUCCAGCAGCUACGCUUGAAUCAGUUCAGUUGAGUUUGACGUUCAGAAGAGCAACUUCGACUAAUCAUCUUUGAUGGCAGUUUUGGUGAAAACUUGUUGCUGUGGCUGCAGCCUCCGUAAAGGUGUUAUGAUUCUCGGAAUCUUUGGCCUGAUUCCAUCAGCUUUUUCAAUUUAUCAUCAAAUUUAUCUCAUCAAAGUUUGCAAGCAACUAGAAGAGAACGCCGACGAGCUCAGCCAAAAUUUGCAUUUUAGCAUAAAGCAUAUCUUAGCGAUCGUCAGGUUGGCUUAUGUUUUCUUCACAUUUGAAGUCAUCUCACUGUUGGUGACCCUGUUGCUUCUGGGAUCCUGUUGCUCAGGUGACAAGUGUUUGGCAUUUCCUUGGCUUGGGUGGAGCAUCUUCAAGCUCUUUUUCACUUUUGGAGUGAUGAUGUUUUAUAUUGCUGUCUGGAAUAGGUUUCCCGUCUUUGUAAUUGCUUACAUCAGUGGAUGUUUGCUGCGGAUCUACUUCAUCAUGGUGGUGUAUUCGUACAUCAACGCCCUUCGUGAAGAUCCUUCGGGAACGAGUGCGGGAUUUUCUCCCUCUCUGCUAGGCGGCUGGAAUGGAAUCCCUUCUGUAGACAGUGCUGUCAGUAUUGAUCCCCUUAUUGAUCCUUGCUCAGUACCCCAGAAAGAAUAUGUGUUCCCUUAG